CACUUUUUUUUGUUAAUCGUUUCGAAAAUUUACGAUGCUUUUUUUUAAUUAAAUUAUUUCUAAUAUGAUCAGCGACAUGAUAAAUAUUCGACAAUGAAUGAAAUUAUUACUACGUGCGACAUUACUUUUGAAUUGUAAUUCGAAGGUUUUUAGACGAGAGCUUAUAUGACUGUUGUGUACCAAUUGUUUGGUCCAUUUAAGAUUUAAAUUUAUAUGAAUUAUAUUAUAUAAUAUUAAUUAUAAAUUAAAAAUCAGUCGUUUAUAAAAUUUAUGAUCAUGCAAACAUUAAAAAAUGCAGUACGAUCAUUUCUUUCUAAAAAUAAUUCCGCUGUGAUAUUUAUCCAAAGAAAAGGAUUAAAAAUAUUUAAUCCACCUGUUAAGAUUCGAAAUGUUGAAUAUCCUGAGAAAAAUAAACUUAAAAUUAUGGAAAAAGUCCCGCAAUAUCCAUCAAAUUUACGUCCUUUUAAAAUGCAAAAGAAAUUAAAAUUAAUGCGUGGACCAGAAACUGUACACAAUACUUUAUUACACAAGCAAUAUGGAAUUAUAGCUACAGGAGGUGGAAGAUUAAAAUAUGGUCAUUUUGAAAUGAUACGUAUGACGCUUUUACGUAAAUUUAAUUUUAAUGAUAUAUUUGCUAUCUGGCGUGUUGAUGCACCAUGGCAACCUGUUACUAAGAAGAGCCAAGGUUCACGUAUGGGAAGUGGUAAAGGAUCGAUAGAUCAUUAUGUUACUCCAAUUAAAGCUGGAAGAGUAAUUGUGGAAAUUGGCGGGGAUAUACAAUAUUUUCAAGUAAAGAAAGUAUUAGAAGAUAUAGCAGCCAAAUGUCCAUUUAAAGCUAUGGCUGUUAGUCAAGAAAUAUUAGAUAAAAUGGCGGAAAAAGAAAAACAAAAAGAGGAAGCUAAUUUGAAUCCUUGGACGUGGAAAUAUAUUAUUCAGAAUAAUAUUGGUGGUUGUCAUAAUUGGAUAUCGCCGUUUGACAAAAGAUGGUACAAUAAAUAUAUAUAAAUUAAAUAGUAUUAAAUUUAAAUGGGUACCCUUUAAUUAAAUAUUACUUAUUAAUAAAUCAUUUAUAUCUAAUACGGAAUAAAUACUAAUAAAUAAUAUCCGAUAUGUCAAAUAUCUUACCUUAGUAAACGCGAUUUAAUAAUUUAAUGAAAGGAAGGGAUUCGAAAAAUAUGUGAAUAAUGAAGUAACGAAUAAAUUAUGGCAAUGCAAUUAUGUUACAAUUACAAUAUUUUUAUAUAUCUUUGAUGAUGGUUUGGUGGUAACAACAGGUAAAUACUACAUAUUGUACAUUGAGUAGGCGAUAGUCGUACCUUAUUGUUUAAUUAGCGUAUCGGCGACGCCGGCGCCGACGCCAACAACGCCGACGACGACGACGAAGCUGACGACGGUAAUAUGUCUUAUGGUGACAACAGCAAUAACAACAAUAGCAACAAAAACGUUUGUAACAAGAACGGUAACGGCAACGAUGUUGAUGGCGAUGAUGAUAAUGAGUAUGCCAAAAACGAUCGCUAUAGCAAUGAUCUUAUAUUGCAUGAAGAUGAUGAUGAUUAUUAUGAUGAUGUUGAUGAUGAUGAUGAUGAUGAUGAUGAUGAGAAUAAUAAUAAUAAUAAUUACAACAACAAUAAUAGUAAUAAAAAUAUCAGUAGACUCAAUAGUGAAAAUAGUGAAAUAUUUAAUAUUUAUGAUUGCGCUUGAAUGAAAUUUAAGUGGAUUUAACGACAAGAUAUCCCUAACAAAUCCUUAGAUAUUAUAGUCCGUCAUCACGGACGUGGCCGUCACCGUCGUUGUCAUCAUUGCGUCAUUUGUCGCUCCCAUUGUCAUUGUCGUAAUCGCAAGCGAUAACGCGCUUUUUUUUUUUUUUUUAAAUACUUCAUUCCGUAUUUAUUACAUUUAACGUAGAUAGGGUGACGCCAUGUCAAAGGAAUGUGUGUUUAUGUGUACGCAGACAGCAUUACGAUGAUCAUAAACUCUAAUCAGCAAGAACUUAGUUACACCGAGAGGUAUGACGCGCGAUUUUACGUUCGGUGACCUUAUAAAUACAUACAUACAUACAUCCGUUAAAAGUUAUUUGCCAUUUUUUUAAUUGGCCACGGAUAUUCUUCGUUAAAACUCAGGUAAGAAUCGAAGCGUAGAAGAAGAAGAAGAAGAAGAAGAAGAAGAAGAAGAAGAAGAAGAAGAAGGAAGAGAAGGAGAAGGAUCGAAGGAGGACGAUCGAAGAACGCGUGAAAAACGUGCAUACUAUGUUCCCGAACGUACGACGAGUAGAAAGAAAGGAACUUUUUGUUUCUAUUUUAAAAGCGCGUCAAAAGAUCAUAUCGGAACGUUUAUCAUUUCGUCUGUGCAUUUUCUUCUUCUCUCUCUCUCUCUCUCUUUCUCUCUCUCUCUCUCUCUCUUUUCUUUUCAAUUCUCUUUUUCUCUAAAUUUUCGAUCGCAUAAUAAAGAUCCGAAGGCGCAUAGUAGACCCGUCAGUAUGUUUCCCAUCAAUGGGUCGUCGUCACGUGACAACUUUUUUCGUACAAUCUUUAUCAUUUCUAGAUCAUUCUAAAUGUAAAUAUUAUUGAUCUCAUUGACGCACAUUGUUAGUGUUAAUUAUUUUUAUCGGUAAGACCGCCAAUGUUGUUCUCCUGUGCGACAAAUGGGCCGAGCGAGAGCGGAUUUUAAUAAAUAAAGAAGAAAAAGCGCGCGUCUCACUCUGCAGUCGAUAUGAUUGAUUCGUUUUCAUUUUAUUCAUUGACAACGAGUCUUUCUCACUUUAUAUAAUAAAGCAAUGUUUAUGCAUUCGGAACUUUCGCUGAUCGAUGGAUCCGCCGUUCGCGACUCGAAGAAACGCAUCAUACGGCGAAAGGCAACGUAGAUCGCGCGUUACGACGAUUAAUUGUUUAUAUAUAUAUAUAUAUGUAUAUAUAUAUAUAUAAACAAUUAAUUGUUUAUAUAUAUAUACAUAUACAUAUAUAUAUAUAAUAGUUACGCUAUAAGACUAGAUUCUCGACGGGUUAAUGUACGUUUUCUCGAUUUCGGCACGGAAUUAUUUCUCCGUUGCACCAAUUAGAGAUGUCUAUAUUAUUAAUGAUCGUCAUCUGAUCCGCGCACUUACAAUUACAUAUGUAGAUAACGCGACCGUAGAUCACCGACGAUACUUACGCGUUAUAGAUAGAUUACAUAGGUGUGAUUCUUUUUUUUUCUUUUUUUUUCUUUUUUUUUUUUUUUAAAGCGCGAUCAGUUUCAUCGGACGUCGUUUGUCAUUAUCGUCGAUUUUUAUCACUAUAAUUCCACGCGACGUGCUAACACACAA